AUGGAGCUGCCUUCAGCGCGGCCGUAUGCCUUCAAGUUCCGGCCAGAAUCGACCGCACUGAUCAUUAUCGAUAUGCAGCGAGAUUUUGUGGAUUACAAUGGCUUUGGAACGAUUCAGUGCGGCAAUGAUGAGAUCUUCAAGAAAGUCAGGGAUAUUGUGCCCAGGUGUCAACGUGCGCUUGAAACGGCGAGAGCUAUGGGUCUUUAUGUUGUCCAUACUCGAGAAGGCCACAAACCAGAUCUAUCCGAUCUACCACCUUCCAAGAAACUGCGACAAAUCUCUGCUCCAAGCGGUCAUCAUACCAUGGGUAUUGGAGACCAAGGUCCAAUGGGACGACUACUUGUUCGCGGCGAGUACGGCCACGACAUCAUCGACGAGCUCAAACCCAUCCCCGGCGAGGUAGUCAUCGACAAACCUGGCAAAGGCUCUAUGUGGGACACAACCCUCCACCGAUCGCUCCUUGCUCGAGGAAUCACGCAUUUGCUGUUCGCUGGAGUUACGACAGAAUGCUGCGUCAACACCACGGCAAGAGAAUGUGCGGAUCGAGGGUUCGAGUUCUGCAUCUUGGACGAUCUAACGGAUGGAUUCUAUCAGCCUUUCUACACUAGCACUCUGGAUAUGCUAUGCUCCUACGAUGGACUUUUUGGCUUCGUUGGUAACUCGUCCGAGUUUGUGAAGCAUGCUCCUGUGCAGACUCAGACUCCACCGGCAACUCCACCAGGAUUUGUCGGAGAUAUUUCGCUACAAGGCCUUCGAGAUCAGUACAAAAGUGGACAGGUGCGGCCUUCGGACAUUGUCAAAGAGAUCACAUUACGGAUUGAAGAAUACAAGAAGAAAGACCCUGCGGUGUGGAUUUAUGUGCAGAGCGCAGACGACCUUCUCAAAGCCGCACAAGCUGUGGAAACUCGAUUUGCGGGCCUACCGAAGCCAGAGCUCUACGGCGUCCCCUUCGCAGUAAAAGACAACAUCGACGUCGCCGGCGUGCCUACAACCGCCAGCACCGAGGCCUAUGUAUACACCCCAAAGGAGAGCGCCAAGGUCGUCGACGCAAUCAUCGCAGCCGGUGGCAUCUUCGUGGGCAAGACGAACCUCGACCAACUUGCCACAGGCCUAUCAGGCUGCAGAUCACCCUACGGCACACCCCGAAGCAUCUAUGGCAACAACUAUAUAUCAGGAGGCUCAUCGUCUGGAUCCGCCGUCGCGGUCGCAGCAGGACUCGUCUCAUUCACACUUGCAACAGACACCGCAGGCUCAGGACGAGUGCCUGCCGCGUACAACGGUAUCACAGGCUUCAAGCCCACAAAAGGCACCUUCAGUGCGAAAGGCCUCGUCCCAGCUUGCAAGAGCCUCGAUACAAUCACGAUUAUGGCGCCCACCGUCGAAGAGGCCCGGAAAGUCUGGCUUGCAGUCGAUCACGGCCCCGACCUAGACGACCCCUACGCAAAGCCGCAACAGUCGUUUGCUCUCUGGCACGCAGAUUUGCGUGGCGUCAAAGCAGGAGGAUUCAAAUUCGGUGUGCCACCGGCUGCCGCACUGGAAUACUGCGACGAAACCUAUCAACAACAAUUCUCAUCCUCAAUCGACCGACUAAAACGAGCCGGCGGCGUCCCUCAAGAAGUCAACUGGACGCCCUUCGAAGAAGGUAGCAACCUUCUCUACGAAGCCUCCCUAGUACAAGAACGCAUAGCAAGCAUAGGACCCGAGUUCAUCGCCAACAACGUCCAUACGUUCCAGCCAGCUACCAAGGAGCUGUACACCGCCGCGCUGAACAAGCCAGUCAAGCCCUGGCAGGUCUUCCAGGACCAACACAAACAAGCACAAUAUACGCGCGAGGCAGCAAAGAUCUUCCAAGAUAUCGAUGUGUUGCUUGUGCCCACGACGGUGACGCAUCCUACGGUGGCGGAGAUGGACGCUGACCCUGUUGCGUUGAAUGCGAAGCUGGGGUAUUUUACGCAUUUCGGCAAUGUGCUGGAUCUAUGUGGUAUUGCUGUGCCUGCGUCGAUGUAUCAGAGCAGCAGUGGGGAAAAGCUGCCGUUCGGGGUGACGCUGCUGGGUGCCUCGGGGACGGACGGGAAGGUGUUUGAUAUCGCCAGGGAGUUUGAGCGGACAGAAUGA